AUGCAUAUUCUGUCCGAACCAGACGUCUCUCGCAUUCUGAGGAACCUAACUCCAGAACAAUGCCACAUCUUACUCGACGCUCUGAGCGAAGCCCUGGUAACCGUCUCAGCAGAGACAACUAAACCAGAGCCAGAGCGUCUCGUCCAUCAACCCCUCCGCACCACCAUCACCACCAAAGACCAGAAUCUAUCGCUCUUCAUGCCCGUCUCCAACACAGCCAGCACAGGCAUAAAGAUCGUCACGGCCUCCCAGCGCGAAGGCAUUAUCGGGGUCAUCAACAUCUUCUCACCGGAGGGCCGGCUCCUCGGCCUGCUCAGCGCCGCAGAAGUCACGGCCUUUCGCACGGCCCUCGCUACCAUGACUCUGUUUACCCGCUGCACGUCCAUCGCUAAGACGCACAUUUUGAUUUUCGGCUCGGGUCGUCAAGCAGAGUGGCACGCUCGGCUGGCGCUGCUGCUGGUUCCGCGGCUGGUCCGCCGAAUCACCUUCAUCAACCGAGGUCGCAGACGGCUGGAGGAGAUGGAGAGGGAGGUGAUUGCGGAGCUGAGACGUUCCUAUCCGGAUAUCGUAUUCGCAACGCUGACCAGGGAGGGGACUGAUGAUGCUGAGUAUGAGGCACGGCUGCGCGAGGAGGUCGCCUCGUCCGAUGUCAUUUUCAGCUGCACGCCGUCUACGGAGCCAAAUUUUCCCUAUGGGUACCUUUCAUCUACGCCUACGACUACGUCUGCGCCAAAGCAGCGGUUUAUUUCGUUGAUUGGGUCGUACAAGCCGCAUAUGUGCGAGGUUGACACGGAGACGAUCCUCUCGGGUCGUGGGAAGAUCUAUGUUGAUUCUCGGGAGGCUUGUCUUGAGGAAUCUGGGGAGCUGAUCAAGGCGCAGGUACGAGGGGAGCAGUUGGUUGAGAUUGGGGAGUUGUUUGGGAGAUUGGGGAAGUCGGAGCCGAUUGAGGUGCCGGAGGGGUGUAAUGUGGUUUUUAAGUGCGUGGGUAUGGGCAUCAUGGAUCUGGUGAUUGGGAAGAAACUGUUGGAUAUUGGUGUCGAGAAGGGAUUGGGAAUGAAUGUGGAUGGUUUCUGA